AUUAAAUCCAAUUUGCGCUGAAGACACAUUUCAUAAUUUCUUACACCGGCCAGACAGCUAUAUAUACACCAUCAAUCCAUCGCUCGAAACGAAACGAAACCAAUCCUAUAUAUAUAUAUAUAUAAAAUGGGCGACCCGGUUCUUGCAGCAGCAGCAACAAAAAUUGAGGAUGAAAACUACGAGGUGGAUGCACCAUCGUUAUUCCCAUUUGGUGAUUACAACAACAUUAACAGCAGCAGCACUGCAGGGUUUUUUGAAGGAAAUAUCAUCAAGGAUUCAUUGCUAAUCCAUGCAGCAGAGAAGCUGCUCCUGUCCCGAAAAUCCGGACCGUUGGAUUUGUCCAAUUUCGAUCCCCCUUCUAGUCCCAAUCAUGAUCCGAAACAGCGCAACAAGCUGCCGCUCUGUAAGAAGUUAUUCUUCGACCCUAAGCCUGAAGAAGAUGUCAAAAACUUUCCACUUAUAAGUAGCAGUGAUACUAAUACUAAUAUUGGCACUGUGAUAAUUACUAGCUUGGCUGCCUUGCUAUUCAAACUCGCGGGGUAUCAGCUCACCCUGUUCCUCCGGUUCUUCCUCACGCUACUCCUCCCCAUUUGCAGCAACAGCAGCCGCUGCUUCCUCAACUUAACUUGUGUGAUGUGCGCAGUAGUGUCCCCAUUCCAGGCGCUGGUACGAACUGUCCGAAAGACUCUGAGAGCGAGGAGGGCGCCGACCGGCUGCUGCAGUAAUGCAGGGAUUACCUCUUUGUGGAUGAGGUGCGCAGCGAGGUUGUCUCGGGGGCUGGUGUGCGCCGUCUGCACAUGGAUGCUGCUGGUGGGGCUUCUGAUUGUGGGGUUCACAAUAAGCGGGAUCCUAAUGGGGACUGUGGUGGAGAGGUCCGUGCACGCCAGGGAAGCUCUGAGCUUCGACUACACCAGGAGCAGCCCUGCAGCUGCUGUUCAUGCACCACCACCACCUGAUUCUUCGUCCAACCGCCGCCCAGCAGUUUUCAAGACCACCAUCCCCUCUCAUCAUAAGCUGUGGAUUACUGUUUCUUUGACAUUGCCUGAAUCCGAGUACAAUAGAAACCUUGGUAUAUUUCAGGUUCGAGUGGAGAGCUGGUUGUCUACCAAGAGAGAAUUAGUGACCUCAAACUGGAGCCAGCCCACGAUGCUGCGAUACAAGAGCAACGCAAUCCGCACCAUGGAGGCGCUACUCCACAGCGUGCCAAUCCUAAUGGGCUUCAAGUCCCAAGUCCAGACCCUAGAAGUUACAGUGCCGCCUGCCGCACUGAUCACGCAAGCAUACGAUCAACGUCGUCGACAGCCGCCCGCCGCCAGUAGCUGGUUCCGAAUAACCCUAGAACCAAGAGCCGAGUUUCAGAUGCAGAGGCGGUGCAGCAGCAGCAGCAGCCGUUCAGCUGAUGGUGUGCCCCAAAUAUAUGGCGGGUCUUUGGAGAUAGCAACUGAGUUGCCUCUGAUGAAAAGGGUGUUGUGGGAUUGGAGGCGGACAAUCUUCGUGUGGGCUGCUCUGGGUUCGUUCGUCGUGGAGAUGGCCAUACUACUCUUGAUCUUGAUCUUAAGCUUAAGCUGGAGAUCAGGUGUGAGUCGUCGUGGAAUUUGAAGGGGGGCGGUGGUGGGAGGAAAAAGAAGAUGGUAUAUUAGUGGAGGAGGCAUGCAUUCAUAUUCAUGGAAUGAUCAGAAGCCGCAGCAGGUUUCCUUCAAUUAAUUAAUUACAAAUAAUUAAAGGCAAUUUGCUUGGGACCAUGCAUGCAUUACUCUCAUUCAUGAUUUGGUAAUGCUGGCUUAACUAAUACUAUAUACUAUUGAGCACGUACUAAUCAUUCAUUAAUGCUGCCUUAGCCUUGCAUUGCUUAAUUCAC